CUUCUCCUCCGCAUCCAACUUUCUUCCAAUCCUCUCGUGCUCGAUUCGAUUCGAUUCUUCCUUCGUUUCGUUCGUGGUUAGCUCGAUUCGAAUCGAUUCCAUGGCGCCUCUUGGUGACGCUCCUGCGGCGGCGGCGGCGGUCGCUCCGGCGGGGGGUCUGGUGGUGUCGUUCGGGGAGAUGCUGAUCGAUUUCGUCCCCGACGUGGCCGGCGUGUCGCUGGCGGAGUCGGGCGGCUUCGUCAAGGCACCCGGCGGCGCCCCCGCCAACGUCGCCUGCGCCGUCUCCAAGCUCGGCGGCUCCUCCGCCUUCGUCGGCAAGUUCGGCGACGACGAGUUCGGGCACAUGCUGGUGGACAUCCUGAAGCAGAACGGGGUCAACUCGGAGGGCUGCCUCUACGACCAGCACGCGCGCACGGCUCUCGCCUUCGUCACCCUCAAGUCCAACGGCGAGCGGGAGUUCAUGUUCUACCGCAACCCUUCCGCCGACAUGCUGCUGACCGCCGACGAGCUCAACCUGGACCUGAUCCGCCGCGCGCGCAUCUUCCACUACGGCUCCAUCUCGCUCAUCACGGAGCCCUGCCGCUCGGCGCACGUGGCCGCCAUGCGCGCCGCCAAGGCCGCCGGCAUCCUCUGCUCCUACGACCCCAACGUCCGCCUCCCGCUCUGGCCGUCCCCCGAGGCCGCCCGUGAGGGGAUCAAGAGCAUCUGGAAGGAGGCCGACUUCAUCAAGGUGAGUGAUGACGAGGUGGCCUUCUUGACCCAGGGCGAUGCCAAUGAUGAGAAGAAUGUGUUGUCGCUGUGGUUUGAGGGCCUCAAGCUGCUCAUUGUUACCGAUGGGGAGAAGGGCUGCAGGUAUUUUACCAAGGAUUUUAAGGGCUCUGUUCCUGGCUACUCUGUUAAGACUGUUGAUACUACUGGUGCUGGUGAUGCCUUUGUUGGGUCUCUCCUGCUCAAUGUCGCCAAGGAUGACUCCAUCUUCCACAAUGAGGCGAAGCUGAGGGAGGUGCUGCAGUUCUCGAACGCCUGCGGAGCCAUCUGCACCACCCAGAAGGGAGCCAUCCCGGCGCUGCCCACCACCGCCGCCGCCCUGGAGCUCAUCAGCAAGGGCAGCAACUAGAAGCUGACUGGAGCCGGUCUUCGUCGCGUCGCGCCAUUGAGGGGAACUUCAAUUUAGGAGAGGAAUGCAAUUAGCUGCGUUUUUAGGGAGUUUAAACUUUAUCAAUGCGUUUUGUUAUUAAAAGUUUUAGUUUGUGUGUGUGUGCUGAGACCUGAGAUACCUCGUGGGCGCUUAAUAAAAGCAGAGGCAUAUGAUUGAUGGUGGUUGUUUAGUUGCUUGUCUCUUUGGUGUGUAAGAACAAUUGAGGUUCUCUGUGUCGAUCCUUGGCCGGAAAUUUAUCCAAGAUCGAUCGGACUUUGAAAUCAUAUGGAUGGUGUGUUCCGAAUGAAAUUUUCUCUUUUGUCUUCA